UCAUUGACGUAUUAGAAAAUAUGAAUUGUGUUAAAAUCUGAAGUCUAUUAUCCAGUUAUUUUUGUUUUGCAUUGCCGAAUCUGUUUUUAAGGCUAUUAUAAUUGUUUGAAUAAUUGCUUACCCUAGCCUAGGUACAGAUCUAAUUACAGUAAUAACUGGUUCGGAAUGUCAAUUUGGAAAAUUUUACAAAAACAAUUGUACGAUAUUCUUUCCAACAAAUGUUACCUGCUCUUGUUUCUCUUACUGAGCUACACAUCGUUAAUAACAUUUCUUCAUUUUUGCGAGGUAUGGUUAAAUGGAAGUUGGUUGACCAGGGCAAAACCUCAUUCAAACAGAUUUGGAGACAACAUUGUUCAAAUGACCCUAGAAGAUCGACUUUGCCAGCACUUUCCCAUUGAUGUAGUUUAUACUUGGGUGAACGGUUCAGAUUCAGCUUUUAAGAACCAGUUGAAAUCGGCAGAGAAGAGACUCAGGAAGGAGCUUUCACGAGAUUGUAAACUUCAAGAUUGUCUCCCAAGUCACUUUACGGCAUUCAGAUUGAAUGCCUCCGACCUGGAUCAAGUUUUAAAUCAACUUAGCUACGUAUCAAUAAAAUCUGUGAAAUUGUUAGACACUGAUUGGACUGUUUUACGAUGGGAUUCAAUCCAAACCGCAGAUGAUCAGUCGGAUAAAAUAUUUAAAAUUAAUGAGAAAUAUUUGUCUCCUCAUCACGUUCAUUGGACAACAGAAGAAGAAGCGACAAGUUUAUUCACACCGAGUAACACAAUUGCCAUUCGAGGAGUCAACAAAAGCGUGGAAGUUUUAUCCAAACAGACACUAGAGCAAACCUUUGGUGAAGCUAUUGCCAGCAUUUGGAGAUUUCCAAAGAUAAUCUUUGCAGAGUUCAACUCACAGAUUAGUGUUCGUAAAAUAUUAAAAGGUAAAAAAUGGAAUAUUGUAUUCAUCAAGCAUGUAAUGAAACUGAAUGUGACAAGGGCUAGUCUAGUUUUGGAGCUUCCUACACACUUGAAACCUGACGAUUACUCUCCUUCCCGAUAUGAAGACAAGGAGGAACUGCGCUACUCGCUUCGGUCGUUAGAAAAGUUUGCGCCGUGGGUGCGCAAAGUGUUUAUCGUGACCAACGGCCAACUGCCUUACUGGCUAGAUUUGUCAAACCCUCGUGUUCAGAUUGUACCUCACGAAUCUAUCUUCACCAACUCAUCUCAUCUGCCGACAUUUAGUAGCCCUGCAAUAGAGACUCAUUUACACAGAAUCCCUGGUUUAUCUGAAAAGUUUCUCUACUUCAACGAUGAUAUUUUACUCGGAGAAGAGGUUUUGCCAGAAGACUUUAUAUCUCCAAGAGGUGGUCAAAAGGUUUACUUAUCAUGGCCAGUGCCUGACUGUUCCUCUGUCUGCCCCUGGACCUGGGUAGGGGACGGAACAUGUGAUGUCCCUUGCAACACAACCUCCUGUGACCACGACGGGGGCGACUGUCUCUCUCGUCAGUCAUUACACGACAGCGUUCACUUCCACGACAGUGACCCGGACUACGCAGACUACAUUGAAGAUGUGGCAGAGAGAACAAACAGAAAGCCAAACAGAUCCCUCCACUUCACCGACGAUUACGAAGAUAAUCUUGCAGGGAUUGUUAAUGUGAAUAGUGUAAACGAGAACGCUUCCUAUGCUAUAAAGAAUGACGAUGAUUUGAACAGCCUUUUGGACUUUUUGAAAGAUAACGGAACGAGCUUUACUUCUGAUGUCAUAAAAGAUUUGUUUAGUUUAUUGAAGACGGUGCAUGUAAAUGAUGCUCCAGUAAAACCAUUGGGUAAAAGUGAAAAGUUGAUUUUUGGAAAGCGUGGGAUCAAUAGCACAUUGCUUGAUAGCAUCUUGAUUAGAAAACUCGGAAAGAGUUACGUAAAUAUGAUGGAAAAUUUUUUUAAAGAUGGUGAUUUGAGCAAAGAUACCAGAAGACCUGAUUCUGGGGUAAAAAUUGGCUCACGAAAACAAACGGGGAUUAGAAAGAUUCUGAGUUUCAAAGUUCUGAAAUCCAACAUAAAUUCAUCAAGGCCUCUAGCACCAAUGAACCUAAGCCGCACACAGGUUGGUGUCCCGCCAAUAGGAGUUGCAGAGAGGUUUUACGCCUUUCAACCAGAGAUAAACUCCUUGAAGCGCAAACUCGACACGUUUGCAGAGUCGCUUCUACAUGUCAACUCGCUGCUCAACAAGAGAUACGGGUACAAGGCGAGAAAAGUGCCUUCACAUAUGCCUCAUUUGAUUGAUAAACAUAUCAUGAGUGACUUACAAACUGUAUUUCAGGCCGAGUAUGAUAAAACAUCGUCUCACUACUUCAGACAUCCACAAGAUAUGCAGUUUUCCUUUGGAUAUUUUUACUACUUGAUUAACGAGGAACGUGAAGUUUCUGUUUCUGAAAUAUUUGACACUUUCGAUACCGAUAGUUCUGGAACUUGGUCGGACAGAGAGAUUCGUACAGUUCUCACUCGGCUGUAUGAUCUGCCGCUUCAACGGUCAAGUGUCCUCAACUUUGAAACUUCCCUGUUGUACUGUGCCAAGGAUUACCCGCCUGAUCCUCAACUCUCCAUACCUCCGUUUGAGAGAUACAUAGACUCCAAAUUGCCUACAGUAACAAAGCAGUUGGUCGAGAGCUGCAGUCUGGUUUCAGACUUGCUCAGACGCAAAAUGGGAAGGAAGAAGCGUUUCUUGUACACUUUGGUGAAACCUCCGGUCAGAGAAGCUACGGUGGGCUUCCACAUGGUUACUUCCAACCUGAGCCAUCUGCUGACUACCUUGGACACAGUCAGGAGGAAGCCUAAAAAAUUCAUUUGCUUGAACGAUAACAUGGAUGCGACAAAAGAAGAUGAUAACCAAGUAAUCAGAGCUGUUUUGAUAGACUUUUUCCAUUCGCUCUUCCCAAAGCCAUCACAGUUUGAAUUGCCAGCUGACUAUCGCAACCGUCAUCUAUACUAUCAUGAGUUUGUGGUUUGGCAAAACAAGAAGAGGAAACUAUCUUUUAUAACGUAUGGCACACUUUGUAUAGCUGUUGUCGUCAUCUUUUGGUUUCUCUUCCAAUCUGAGUGCCGAAGGAUUCAAUAUAAGGCGAAAAAAAGACUUUAUUGUUUAUUUCCACGACUGAAGCCAGCUAGAAGAAAACUUCCUGCAAAGUUAUAGAUUAAGUAUUUCUAACUUUUAACCCAGUAUUUAUUUAUACAUUAGAAUUAAAGUCUAACGGCCUUUUAUGGGUUGCUAUACAGGUUAGUAAAUUAGAAAGGUUCUAUUUAUGGGCACAUAAAUAACUGUACCAUAGACUGACUUCUAUGGCUGGAUAGUCAUAUCAACCAGAACCAUUAUAAUCUGCCUUAAAAUGGUUUCAUAGAAAUCUUAACAGCUUUUUCUAUACGGUAAUUGAUUUUGAAUUCCAAAGAAAUUUAGCACCUAACAUUGCUCAAUGCUAUGUAAUUUCAGAAAUGAAAGACUCAAAAUGUUUUUGGACUGGGAUGGACAGGUCUAAAAUGAUUUGAAAUUUUACUGGAGAGAUAAUCAUUUUUGUGGUGAGUCAUUCCAUUUCAAAUCAACUUUGUACAUUUACUAGUCCUAAAAGUGGCCAAUUUCAGUGCAAGAUAGUAGAUAGGCUCCAUAGUCUAACCAUCUUAAUGUUACCAAAGCAUAUUUCAAAAUUUAUUUAAAAGUCAUCUUGCUCCUGUUGGGUUAAACCGGAACUCCAUUAGUUUGGGACUUGCCAAAGUUUGUUUGGAAGAGGCAAAGUAUUGUUUAGGAUAGGGAAAACAAUGUUUAGGAUGUUUUAGAACAUUUGAUUUUAGGGAUUAUUAAUAGGCUAUAACUUAUUUUAUUUUAAGAUAACUAAACAUAGAGAUCCAUUAUUCCAGAAGGAUUCCAUUGUAAUGUUAAAGAAUUUUUACUGAUUCAUAAAUUUGACCAUUUCUUGGCAUUUUAGCAACAACAAAAACAACCAAAGAUAUAAAUUUUGUUCUUUUUUAUGUUUUGAGUAAAGUGGAUUCACUGUGCAUUUUAGUUACCAUAUAACUUUUGUUUGACGUUCAUUCUUAUUUAUUACACUAGUAUUUUUAUUCUU